GGGCGUGCGGCGGAUCACGUGGCCGGCGCGUUGGCUGCGGGAAGGUAAAGCAGUGCUGGGAGCGGACUGCAGGGGUCAUGCCGUGGGGUCGCCUCUGCGCCUGCGCCCUAUCGGGAUGCUGAACCUGGCGGCGCUGCUGUGGCGCCGGCUCCUGCGCAAGCGCUGGGUGCUCGCCCUGGUUUUCGGGCUCUCGCUGGUUUACUUCCUCAGCAGCACCUUCAAGCAGGAAGAGAGGGCUGUGAGAGACCGGAACCUCCUCCAGGUUCAAGACCGGGAACAGCCCAUCCCGUGGAAGGUGCAGUUUAACCUAGGCAACAGCAGCCGACCCAGCAACCAGUGCCGGAACUCCGUCCAAGGAAAACACCUCCUCACUGACGAGCUGGGCUAUGUCUGCGAGAGGAAGGACCUGUUGGCGAAUGGCUGUUGCGAUGUCAGCGUCCCCAGCACAAAGCAGUACUGCUGUGAUGGGUGCCUGGCCAAUGGCUGCUGUGAAGCCUAUGAGUACUGCGUCUCCUGCUGCCUGCAGCCCAGCAAGCAACUUCUCCUGGAGCGCUUCCUCAACCGGGCAGCUGUGGCCUUCCAGAACCUCUUCAUGGCAGUUGAAGACCACUUCGAACUGUGCUUGGCUAAAUGCAGGACCUCCUCCCAGAGUGUGCAACACGAGAACACGUACCGUGACCCCAUAGCCAAGUACUGCUACGGAGAGAGCCCGCCUGAACUCUUCCCGGCGUGAGGCCCGACAGAGAUACACACCCAGAACCAGGCUGGUCCACUGGAGUAAUGAAGGAGAAAGCCACACAAGGGUCCUUGUGGCUUUGGGUGUCUCCAGCUCCCUCACCGACAGCUGGAGCUGAUGGGUGGAGCUGUUCUGUAGAGCAGGCUGGAUGAGGUCCUGGCACCUUGCAGGCCCCUGGGACUGCUGGUCAGAGGCCGGGCGCUUGCUUCUGUUUUGCUCCUACCUUGUAGUUAUUUAUUGACUUUUCAGAGUGGUGGAAGGUACGGUUAUUUUUUAAUUUUUUGGUGCAGGACACCUUUGCCUGUCCAGAUGAAUACAUUGGAGGAGGUGACUGUUGCUCUCAUUUCCUGAGCGUCGCAUGGAUGUGCAUGCAUGCUCCUUCACCGGAUGAAAGUUAGUCUCUGGGAGUGUGGGUGUACAGACUCAGUUGUGGUUCUGUUUUAACAUCUGACCAGCAGGCCCUUGUAUCCAUAUCCCAACAUUCAGGGGUAUCUGAAGCCUCAGGGAGGUGCUGGUCCCCACUGAGCCUUCAUAGAGCUGCCUCAGUGUGCUCAUAUACUGAAAUGGUAGACAGGAAGCCUGAAUCCCUGGCUGACUCUCCCAGUGGAGUUUGCUGUCUCUCCUUGAAACCCCUCAGCCUCAGGGCAGGGGAGCCCUUCUCUUGACUGUCACAGAGGCUAGGGAGACUGCGACUGUGUGUGUGCACAGCGGCCAUUCAUUCUUGGGUGUUCUCCACGCCCGGUGGCAUUUAUAAAGAAAAGCCCCAGCUCUUAGUUUAAUCUGUCGCGAGUUUCACAUCCACCAUCAGUGGGAGAUGAAUGUGGUAGCCACAGUCUAGAGAGCAUCCCAAAGGCAGGUCCGUGUCCAGUGCUCACAGGACAGUUGUUAACAGCGACUGAAAUGGAGGUUUGAAGCCUAAGGUCAAGACACCUCCUCCUGUACUCUCCCAUCCUGUUUACAGGCCAGCCUUUAGCACAUACCUCCUCCCAAGACCUUUCACCCACCCUUCCAGUGGACCAUGGUGUUUUGUGGUUUUGGUUCAGGUUGAUCUGGGAUGGACGGGCUGCGAGUCUCAAGAUUUCCUAUUGGGGGCCAUGUGGAGCUUUGUCUCACAGCUCUUUGUACCGUCAGGAUGGAAUUUCCCUCUGCUCGCUCCUGCUUCCUCUUGCUGUUCACGUCGGAAUUGUAUUCUCUCAGCUCUACGGAAGGACAAACUGACCGUCAGUUGCUCCCUUGUUCUGUCUUGCCAUGCUGGGAUCGAACCCAGGACUUUGUGUGGGAUUGGCAAACUUGCCGUUCCUGAGCCACGGCCCUGGCCAGGGAGUUGAUUUUUGGUGUUAGGUGCCAGCGAUUCUCUUCUGUUUGCUCUGGACUUCACGGUGUGUUGACUCAAACUUGAUAGAAGAACUGGGUGAUCCUGCACGUUCUGGCACAUCCUGGAAUGUUCUGGCACGUUCUGACAUGUGCUAUAUGUGUUUGACACCAGCCUUAAACUCCUGACUCUCCUGCCCUGGGAGGAGUCCACCCUUGGUCGCCAGUGGCAUUGGUCAUAUUUAGACUGUUGACCCAAGUUUUAGUAUGAGCAAUCACAUUUGUUGCCAGCUCUCCCCGGCUUGGCAUCAGAAACGCAUGCUGUGUACGUUUGUGAGCUUAUAGUCUGUGCCGUCAUGAUCAAGAAUCCAGUCUGCUCGUGCUUCACUCAGUUGAUGAGGACAUUGCAAGAGACAGGCCCUCCCGAGCCGCAGCCAAGACAGAAUGAGCAGAGCCACACAGGAACUCAUCUUGAAUCCUGCCCCCAUGUCCUCUAGUGCAGAAUCGCCUUCAUACCGUCUCCCCCUAAGAGCAGAUGGCCUUCCAUUAUCCCAGGCAGGAGAGGGCAGAGUGGUCAUCUAUAUCCACACGAAGUCUAACACAAAUGUCACUUUCAAAUUAGCUGUGGCUGUGGAAUGUGGUUUUGUGCUUUAAUCAAGUAGGGGUGUGUGUGUAUGUGUGUGUCUUUAGAAAUUCUCAGGAUUUCAGACAAGUGUGGCACUGGCCAGUGAAGGGCCCCCACCCACCUCCCUUGAAAGGUUGUGUUUGAGCUCCCUUGAUGAGGUUCCGAGGAUCAGAGGCUGUAGUUAGUUUUGUGUACAAGACUCAAGUUAAUCUCACGAUGUGUAUGGGGCAGGGGCCCUGGGGAAGAGAGGCUGUGAGAACAUCCUCAACCUAGAAAGGAUGUUUAAUGUUGUUCCAUGUGAGGGGCUGCAGACAGAUCUCAAGCGCUUCUCUCCUGUCUGAAUGUGCAGUCGCUGGGCUUCUUGCUGGGACUGCUGGGAUACCACAUGUGUAACCUCGGAGAGGAGAAACAUACUAGCAAGAGGGUCCUGAAGAGGGUACAGGAGAAGAAUGUAGCCCCGCCCUCCUCCCCCCAUCAGCCCUGCCAGGCCACAGCCAGGGUUGAAGGAUAAACUCCUGCCUUCUUGAAGAAGUAAAGGAGGUCCUGUAGGGUGAUAAUGGAGUCCUUCACACGCCCUGAAGGCUGACUGCGUGCAGUGGGGAACACGGUGGCUCAGUGGGAUUCUGGGUCCAGUUCUUCCCAGCUUUGGGCGUUGCAGGUAAAUCACGAGCUGGCCGCUUCUCACAGCCAGGAUGGGAAUGUGGCUGGAGCCUGGGACCACUGCUUCUCAACAGCGUGACUUUUCAUUUAGAAAAUGGGGUCACAUGUUUACUUGCAAGUGUGCUCUGAGGUGUCCCGAGUGAGAGCCGACUUCCUGAGAGGCCAGUGUUGGCAGCCCCUGGGAAGCUGUAAGGCAGGGAUGAGGGGUCAAGGGCUAGAGGGAUGGAUGGAAGAGCAUUGGUUGUGAUAAUUAGGAACUUAAUGCUGAGAGGGCCUUGGCUUUUUAAUUAGGGAAUUCGGGACCAUCUAACCAUAUAGUGAGGACAUGACCGCUCCAAGGUAUGGUUGAGGGGAUUGUAUUGUAGAUAUGAGGGGGAGAGAGACAGCAAGAGAGGGGCAGCUGGAAGAAUCCAGAGGAUGGGGAGAAAGGCAUGACUGAGAGUGAUGGGGAUCAAGUGUGCAUGGCCAAAAUGGCAGGGCUCUAAAGGGAUGAGAAGCUGGGGGAGGGGAAGCUGGAGACUUAAGCUGGACACCCAUAGGCAGGCUAGCAAGCACCAUAGCUAGCUAGCCUCUUGUCCUGAGGUUGGUUGGUUUUGUUUUGUUUUUGUUUUUGGACCUGACACUAAUGAUAAAAUAAUCACCUAAAACUAAAAGUCACAUAGCCCAAAAAUAAACACCAGCAACUUUCUCCUUCCUGCCACUUUCCAGGUGACAACCAACCAAUCAACCAAAGGCAGGCUUGCUCCUUGGAAACUGCCUGUGGGUCUGUUAUCUGCAGGCCUAUGUGACAUCCACACAGGACAGAACAAACACAUUGGCAUGGUGCUUGUAUAUACAGAUGCACACGGGCACGCACGCGCGCGCGCGCACACACACACAUACAUAUUCCUAUCUUCUUAGAACAAGCACGGCCGCGUUCUAGAACCCGGGACUAUCCGUGACACCAACUACUCAUUGAGCCUGCCACCACUAGGUCACAGACUUCCAGCUCAUACUGCAGGCAAGUUGGGCUGAUGGUGAACUCACUAAACUCACGCUGCGCAGGGUAACUGCACGGUGCCUCGAGGCAGGAAUGUGCUGUUAUUUGAGCGUGUCCUGUGGGUAUCACAGCGUAAUUUAAUCAGCACUUUAGCAUGGCAUCUCUCCAGGGUGGGGAAAUAAUGAAGUCAGCGCUCAGUGCUGGGAGUUCUCAGUUCAGCCUUGGGCACCGCUGUGACCUAGAGCUGGGCUCAGUUACUGCGGCACUGCCAGCAUCCGAGGCGUGGCUGUCCUAGAUGCUGUGGGCCAGGGAGGCUAGCAGCAUCAUGGACUCCCAACCUAUUAGGGACAAGUGGUUAUCUUCCCUAUUCCAGCUGUUAAGUAAGUGUAUCCAGACGCUGUCAAACGUCCCCUGAGGGUCAGGGAGGGACUGCCCCGUGUUACAAGCCACUGCCCUAACUCUGUUAGAAAGAUAGGUUUGUGAACCAAUUGCUUGAGUGUCACAGGAGGGAAAGUUGUCGAGAAGAGGCUGGGCCGAGGUUUAAAUCCCAGGAGGCUAUUGGUGGAAGAUAGUUUGAGGCUAGCCUGGGAUGCAGAGAAACUGCCAACUCAAAGGCAAAAGAAGGGGGGAAGGGGGGAGGCAGCGAUAUAUAUAUAUAUAUAUAUAUAUAUAAUUCAGGCUUCAUUUCAAAAUGUUCUGUAGUAACCAAUAGGAAGAACGAGGCAAAAUAAUAAAUGGUCAAUCAAAAUGUGGGGUGGGGUUCAGCUCACUGUGAAUUAAUACACACAAACUGAUAGUUGUAUUAGUAGAUAUCAAAAAAGAUGUAGAACCAGGCAGGGUGGUUCAAUUUCCGGCACUUAGAAAGGCUGGUCUGGAGAAUCCAGCUUGGGUUUCAUACUGAGACCUGUCUGAAACACAUUAUUGUUUUUUUAAAGUUUCAUAAAAUAUUUUCUCAGAUGUUGGUGUUUCAGAUGAUAAAUAUGACAAUCUCUGUGUGUGGCUGUAGGCAUGUCCCAUGCAUUGGCUCUGUGUGUGUGUACGUGUGUGUACUUGUGUGUGAGUACAUGGCGCAUGUGCACUUGUGUACUGUGUAAAAACAGUGGCCUGGAACCUGUGAACAGCAUCCUGACCCCCCUCACAGCAGCUCAGGCGUCCAUGAACUUGGAUAAACUCGUCUUUCUGGCUCUGGCUUCUCAUUGUCCUUAUCAAUGAGAGUGACCGCUAACACAAGUAUUGGUCCCACAUCCUGCCUUUGACCUUCAGGACAUGCCAGCACUGAGGUAAACACGACCAGUGCCCUGUCUCUUAACUGCUCACUGUGGACUUUAUUCUUCACAGGGGAGGGUGGGUACCAGCCAUCGGGACCCUGGUCGUCCUCAAAGCGACUUUUCUGAAGCAUCCAGAGAUAGAGCAAAGCUGGACAGAUGUUCUCUUCAUCUUCUCUGAUUUUCUUGGGUACCGUUUGCUUGUCAUGCUUGCCGCCCUGCACCUGUGGAGUCCGCUGCUGUGGUCCGGUUCUGGGACGCACAGAGCCAUGCGAGUGCAGAUUCCCUUCACGCAGCGCUGAGGUGCUCAGUGACCUGCAGCCGAGAUGCCCAGAGCAUGUCAGAUUUCCCAAGCAGAACCUCUCUAGACAUCUCUCAGCAUGCGCGGGUGUCUCUUACGGGGUAGAAACCCUGAACACAAGCUUCCAGAAUUAAAUUGAACCCUUUAGUUCCUGGUCUCAAAGGAUAGCCCACAGCUGCGAUGGGAAGUUCUGCCACACUUUGUCUAAAUGUAUACUUUAUUCAUUCAUA